AUCUCUGCCUCUCUAGUGUAGUACUAUGGGCCAUUACUGCAUACAGUCCUGAGAGGAGUUUCAACCAUAAAUCCCCUCUCCGCUUGGCUCUGUCAAUCACAGGCCAAAACAAGAUGGCAGGCUGCAGGAGCUGGGUCCUCUUCUUAACAGUUUGUGCUGUCAGUGUGUUUGGGGCCAAUGCAGAGAUCAAAUUUACCAUUCCUGUGGGGAAGUUAUUUACAUAUGAGCUGAUGAGAGAGACGUUUCAGAAUGACUUUGAACCUCUGUCAAAACUCUACCCUGGCCGCUUGUAUGAUGACCCCAUGAUUUUUAAGUGCAACAGGCAGAAUUUCCCAGACCUCCCAGAGUGGCUGCGCUUCACCCAAAGGCACCCCUAUGAUAACGGCUUCCUGUAUGGGACACCAGUAUCUCCUGGAAAAAGUAUAAUUGAGAUUUAUGCCGUCAACAAACGGAGCUAUGAAACAGCCAGACAAAUUCUCGUAAUCAAAGUAACAGCAGAGGGGAUCUUGCCCUAUCAAGCUGAGUUCUUCAUCAAACUGAGAGAGGUUGAGAAGGUGCUGCCCUCUCCUGUUCAGGAUGAAAUAAAGCAGGAUUUACAGAAGCUGUGGGACACAGAGGCUUUGGAAAUUGUCAACAUCACCAACGCUCUCGACCGUGGCGGCAGAGUUCCCCUCCCUCUUGCAGGCCACUUUGAAGGUGUGUAUGUGAAGGUGGGGUCGGAGCAGUUUUUCUCAGAUUGUCUCCUGAGGGUGCUGACAGCAGAGCAUGAGAAGCAGUGCAAAGCAGGGGCCAAAGUCAAGAUCCCUGGAGAAUGUAACUUCUGCAGCAUCCCCAGCAACUGUAUCACGUGGUGCAAGACUGAGCUGUUUGAUCUGUCAAAGCAGGAGCCGACUCCACCUGCUCCCACGGUGGGCUCAGGGAUUCUGGAGGCUGGAGGUGACUUCAUCCCCCUCGAGUCUCCACCGAGCAGAGACUAUCUCCCAGACUACAUUGUGACAGUGAUCGUGCCCCUGAUCCUUGCCAUCAUCCUGUGUACCCUGCUGGCCUACAUCAUGUGUUGCAGACGAGAGGGAGUGGCCAAAAGGAAUGCAAGGACAAACCAGAUUCAGUUGUACCACCACCACACUAUUCUCGGAAACACAGAUGAGCUGAGGAACAUGGCAGGAGACCGUGGCACUCCUCCUCUUCCUCUGUCCACACUGCCCAUGUUCAACAGCAGAACCGGGGAGAGAGCAUCGCCGCUACGGUCUAACAGCCCCAGCAUCCCCCUCAUCAUGGCCCAGCAUGAUCCCUACGUUGACACACUGCCCAGGAAGUGAGAACAACGAUGGAUACAUGUAAAGCCUGAAUGUUAUAAAGUAAUGUGUUGCAACAUCCUAUUGUCAAUUUGCUGUGGGAAAUAGUGUUUUUUCUCCUUUUUCUUUCUUUAAGUUUAAAAUACAUAAAUAGUAUGUAGUUACUUAGAUUGAUAUUUGCCAUGUAUGAUUCUCUGUAUUCCACCUUCUUUCAUUACUAAUAAACGAAUCAGUUCUCGCUGCUGG